AUGCGAUCGGAGGCGCACGACGGCCUCGAGCUGCACAGUCGUUUCAUGAGCAUUCCGCACGACUAUCUUCUCCGCACCCGCGAGGCAGCAUGGAGUGAAGAACUACCGCGUCCUAUCCUCGACUCCUCCUCCGUCUUCCCUCUCGAGCUCGUCGACAACCCCGGCGCGAACAAGCUCACCGUGCCGAGUCGUCCGCCGUUUCAUCUCGAUCAGACCAAGAGUGAGGUUGAAAAGAACGAGGAGACUAUCUGGCCCCUCGACGUUGAGAAGCCCGAGCUCAUUCGAGACCAACCUCGAGGUCUGGCGACAACUGCUUCUUCGAUUGUUCUCCUUCUCGUGGACGCGCGCUGUCCUGCCGUUCAUUGCCCCCCAUCACUCCGCGCGUACCUCCGUUCCCUCCGCCCUCGACGCGAGAUCAUCCUCGUCCUGACCAAGUCCGACCUCGUCGACCCGUCCGCGCUCGCCGGCUGGCGUAGCUGGUUGAGAGCGUGGUGGCUCGAAGGGUCCGAUGGGGACGAGCAUGAGCCGCAAGUCGUCUCUGUGUCGUCAUACGAUACGUCACUCCUCCACACCGAGGGACGACACCGUCCCCACAUUCCCAACAGUGCCCGUGUUGCUCUCCUCGAGGCACUCCAGAUGGCUCACGCCCGACUCCUCUCUUCCCCGGAACACAAAGUGCGCGAGACCGUCCGCUGGGACGAUCUGAACACCGACAGUGCCCACAUCGAGGACGAGGCUGACACACGCCGCCGGUCAGGCGAGCUCGCCCAUGAUGAGACUGAGCCGCCACUGACGUUCGGUCUUGUCGGUCAGCCUAAUGUAGGCAAGUCGUCGCUUUUGAACGCCCUUCUCGGCACUACGAAGGUGCGCGCCUCCCGAACGCCAGGCAAGACGAAGCACUGGCAGACGAUCCUCUGGGGUGCCCGUCGGGAAGUGCGCAUUGUCGACUGUCCCGGUCUCGUAUGCCCCAGUGUUGUGCCCAUGGAGCUCCAGGCUAUGAGUGGAAAUCCCGUCCCUGCCCGCCUGCAUUCAGUUCGCGGGUCGUCUGCUUCCGCUCGAGCGGGUUUUCCGCAUCCCCGAGCCAGAGCACCCCAGCGAAGAAGGGCUGGACGGCUGGAGAUCUUAUGGACGGUCGUGCUGCCGACCGUGGUUUCAUCUGCACGACCCGACGCCAACCGUGCCGCAGACGGCAUGCUGCGCGCCCUGGCUGAGGGCCGCGUGCGCUGGGGUUUCUGGCCACCGGGCUCCGAGCCGACGCGCGACGGACAGGGACUCUGGCUCGGCGAGUGGCAGAGUUCGGACAGUGAGUUCGAGUCAGGCUCUCUCAGCGAGGAUUCGGACCCGCCGACCAUCGUUACCGUCGCUGCUGUUGAGAGCGAUGAUGAUGAGGAGGACGAGAUCGAUGACGAGUCGCCGGCCGUUAAACUCAACAAUGCCAGCUUUUUUGCCGCCCUCAGUCUCGACAAUGAUGACGAGGACGAUGACGAGGAUGAUGAGGACGACUACGUCCUUGUCUCUGUAUAG